AACACCACGAACGUAGUCCAUGUGACCCGAGAAGUUACAUUCCAAGUCUAGACGGCUUUGAGUGAGGAAAUUGAAGUCAUUUUAUUGAAAAUCCUGCUCCACGCGAAGCUUUCAAACACCACAGACCUUCAGUCCGGAUACAGCACCACAUUUAAUCUCAGGUGUAGGAUGCACAACCAGAAGAGUAAGCAGUAACAAAGACAUCCUGAAGUCGGUUGACACCUGAGACGGAUCACACAGAAUCAACACUGACGUCUGCUGAGAGCACUAUCAGGCUUCAUUCUUUUUACUUCUACCACAAUGGCCUUAUUGAACAUUUCUCUCCCUUGGAAUAUCUCUUUGGACCUCAACCACAGCUAUUUCAAAUCCAACUUCCCAGAAUUAGAGGACAUAGGAAAGAACUGGCCAGCCCUCUUUAUUCUGGCCGUUAUAUUUUUCACUGUUGUGGGAAAUAUACUGGUAAUUAUGGCUGUGUCCAUCGAGAGCAAACUGCACAAUGCCACCAACUACUUCCUGUGCUCACUGGCCGUGGCAGACAUGCUGGUGGGAUUCUUAGUCAUGCCAGCCUCACUAAUUAGUAUUCUUUACAAUCACUCCUGGCCUCUCCCUGAUCUGCUGUGUCCCAUGUGGAUCUUCCUUGACGUGCUUUUCUCCACAGCCUCCAUCAUGCACCUGUGCGCCAUCUCUCUGGACCGCUACGUCGGCAUCCGCAAUCCAAUCAAAUACAGCCGCGGCAACACACUUCGCAAGACCAUGAUCAAAAUCAUCUCCGUCUGGACCAUUUCUAUAGUGCUGUCACUGCCCAUCCCGGUCAUGGGUUUCCAGGACAAGCAGAAGGUGUUUGUGAACGGCACCUGCACCCUGAACGAGCCUCGUUUCAUCCUCGUUGGCUCGUCCGUGGCCUUCUUCGUUCCUCUGACCAUCAUGGUGGUCUGCUAUUACCUCACCCUCCGUGAUCUCCAGAAGCACAGCGCCUCCUUCCCGCAGGAGAGCGAGAGCCACUCUCUGUCUUCUGCUCAGAUUACUGACACGAGCCCGCUCAACAACAGGUCUGCACAAACUCCACGAGGCCAGGGCAGACGAGGCAUGAUUCAAGCUUUGAACAAUGAGCGACGGGCCUCCAAAGUCUUGGGGAUUGUGUUUUUUCUCUUCCUGGUCAUGUGGUGUCCGUUCUUCAUCACCAACGUGCUGAUCGCCAUCUGUCAGGACGACUGCGGCGAGCAUCUCCACAACCUCAUCCACUUCUUUGUCUGGGUGGGAUAUAUCUCCUCUGGAGUCAAUCCUCUGAUCUACACCCUGUUCAACGAGACGUAUCGGCAAGCCUUCGCUCGCUACCUACGAUGUAAAUACGGCGAAGUCGUGCCGCGGAGGAAUAUUCACAGUUAAAGCAUAAAGGUGACAUAUCAUGAAAAUCAGACUUUUUUUCAAUUGCCCUGUGCAUCUGCCAACCAAGGAGACGUGAGAAAAGUAGCCCAGUAACUUUCUAGUAAGCUUUUGUCUGAAAAAAACGAGCGUGUCUGAUCUCGCUCCCCUUUGUGAGGUUGCAAAGGCAUCUUAUUAUAAUAUUACCGCCCCUUAAUCUGUAAAUUUCCGCCUUCUCUGCGCCGUCUUUGUGAUUUCUCAAGCGACGGAGGUCACCACUGACGAAAGGUUGAGCAAAACAUGCUAACUGUUCUGUCUUUGGGUGCACAGACGAGACGAGAGAGCAUUUAGAGAUUUAUUUACUGUAUAUUGCUGCUGUACAUAAUUUACAACAGACACAACCGACUGUGACGUGAUCAUCGGAAUCAAAACGGAUGUUUUCAGGAGUAUGAGCUGUAAGGACCGCAGCUCUAUUCUGGAAAAGGGGGCGUGGUGCAGCAGCUCAUUUGCAUUUAAAGAAACAGGCACCAAAAUCAGUGUUUCUGAAAAUGUAUUGGUCUUGUGUUACUGUAAAUCACACACACAACAUGUUUACAAAUGUUUCCACAGAAGCAUUGCCUUAUUGUAUGGAAGUAAGCUAGUAAUGACUUCAGGUUCAUUAACUGCAGAGCUAAGUAGUAAUUAUUACAAGUAUUCUGGAUUAUGUAUUCAGAUUUCAGUAAUCAAGUACUCGUGAUUAUAUAUUACAUUAUAUAUAGUAUAUUACAUUUUAUAAUACUCGAAAUUAGAUUGCAGUUACUUUUCAUGGAUUACGUAUUAUUCACACAAUCAUGCAUACAUUACUGAUCAUUUUUUCUUAGAAUUUUUUAUGCAUUUUAAUAGAUAAAGACACAUUGGCAUGUUUACUGUUCAACGCCGCUUAAUGCUUACAUUGACAUGCAGGUAAACAAAUGACAUAUUUUCAUUAUUUAUCAGCUUUUCUUUUCAACUCUUUUUAAAAAACCCUCAGCAGGUCUUACAUUAAGACCAGUUUGGAAAACCUUGCUUCUGUGUAAUGUUUAACGCAUUCUAUAAUGUUUACAUUAUAGUGUAUUUUCUUUCUGUGUCAGUACGGCUUGUUUAAUGAUGAGUUUAUGACUACGAUAUUAACUCAAAUAUAUGACGGUGAAUACUAGUUUGCAAUACACAGCAAGAUAAUGAUUUGUUGCCGUGCAUGUAAAGCGGAUGAGACCGGAAGCCUUGCACAAAUAAAUUAAAGAAUGAGUAAAAAGCA